ACAAAGUGAUUUAGUAGCUUCUGAGACCAACGACGAUGCAGGUCCACAGUACGAUUAAAUUCCAAAUUCAAUUGGGUGGGGACUUGGAGAAAGAGACAACAACAACAAGAUGAUGUUUUCACCAUUAUAUGUGACGGGAACUUGGAGAUAAUGUUGUGAAUGCAACAUAUUACAAACCAAACAAACCAUGAACACAAACAACAAGAGACCAAACCCUGCAAAUCACACACACAUUAGUAUCUUCAUUCUUGUCAGUUUCAUUCACUUGGCUUUACCAACGUUAGUAUCUGCAUUGAAAGUUGAGCCACUGGUUGGAUAUGGGUACAAGAUCGGGUCGUCGACGGUUAAUCCUGGAUCAUCAUUGACUUGUGAUCUUCAGCUCAUCAACAAGUCCUCUGUUUUUGGAUCAGACAUUCAGAAUCUCAAGCUUGUUGCCAGCUUUGAAACAAAAGAUCGCCUAAGAAUCAAGAUCACUGAUGCCAACCAGCAGAGGUGGGAAGUUCCACAACAAGUCCUCCACCGCAAUGCACCCUCCUCCCAGGAAAGCCACUCCACCUCGUCGAAAAAGAAGGGCUACACUCUGUCCAGCCCCGCCUCUGACCUCAUUUUCACCCUCCACAAGACCACCCCCUUUGGCUUCUCCAUUACUCGUCGGUCCUCUGGUGAUACCCUCUUCGACACCUCACCAGACCUCUCAAAAGCCAACACCACAUUCCUCAUUUACAAAGACCAGUUUCUCCAACUCUCCUCAGCUCUCCCUGCUGACAGGUCAUUUCUUUAUGGCCUUGGAGAGCAUACCAAGAGAUCAUUCUUGAUUGAACACAAUCAAACUCUUACAAUGUGGAAUGCUGACAUUGCCAGUGCAAAUAUUGAUCUUAAUUUAUAUGGUUCCCAUCCAUUUUAUGUGGAUGUCCGGUCUCCAGACUCUGCUGGAAAAGUGGCUGCUGGGAUUAGUCAUGGGGUCUUGCUGCUUAAUAGUAAUGGGAUGGAUAUUGAGUACACUGGUGAUAGGAUUACUUAUAAAGUGAUUGGUGGAAUACUUGAUUUGUAUUUUUUUGCGGGAGAGUCCCCGGAAAAUGUGAUUGAUCAAUACACUGAGCUCAUUGGCCGGCCUGCUCCCAUGCCCUAUUGGUCAUUUGGAUUUCACCAAUGCCGCUAUGGCUAUGUUGAUGUGAAUGACCUUGAGGGUGUAGUUGCUGGUUACGCAAAGAGUAGAAUCCCACUUGAAGUGAUGUGGACAGAUAUAGACUACAUGGAUGGCUAUAAAGAUUUCACUUUCGAUCCUAAUAACUUUCCUCUAGACAAAAUGAGAAAAUUCGUCGAAACAAUUCACAGCAAUGGUCAGAAAUAUGUGGUCAUCGUGGAUCCUGGAAUCAGCACCAACUCAACUUAUGAUACCUUCAUAAGAGGUAUGAAAGCUGACAUAUUUAUAAAACGUGAUGGUAAGCCUUACCUAGGGAAUGUAUGGCCAGGUUCGGUAUUUUAUCCUGAUUUUCUUAAUCCGCGUGCUGGAAUCUUCUGGUCUGAUGAAGUUAAGCUAUUCCGGGAUCUUCUACCUGUUGAUGGCAUAUGGAUAGACAUGAACGAGCUAUCCAAUUUCAUAUCAUCUACUCCCCUUCCAAAUUCUGCCCUUGAUAAUCCCCCUUACAAGAUCAAUAACUCGGGAUUUGAUAGGCCCAUUAAUGAGAAAACAGUUGCUGCAACGGCCAUACAUUUUGGUAAUAUCACCGAAUAUAAUUCACAUAACCUUUAUGGAUAUUUGGAAUCCAAAGCUACUAAUGAAGCUUUGGUCAAAGCAACUGGGAAAAGGCCGUUUGUUCUUAGUAGGUCAACUUUUGUGGGUUCUGGUAAUCACACAGCUCACUGGACCGGAGAUAAUGCUGCCACCUGGGAUGAUUUAGCAUACACAAUUCCGAGCAUUUUAAGUUUUGGCAUUUUUGGAGUUCCAAUGGUUGGGGCUGAUAUCUGUGGUUUUUCUAAGAACACAACCGAGGAGCUUUGUCAGCGUUGGAUUCAGUUAGGAGCCUUUUAUCCUUUUGCACGAGACCAUUCUGAUAAGUUCACUAUACGUCAAGAGCUAUAUCUAUGGGAUUCAGUUGCUGCAACAGCCAGGAAAGUGCUGGGCCUACGUAUGAGAUUAUUACCAUACUUUUACACACUAAUGUACGAGGCACACAUGAAAGGGGCCCCUAUAGCACGACCACUGUUCUUCUCAUUCCCUCAAAAUAUUGCAACUUACAGAAUCAAUACACAGUUCCUUGUCGGUAAAGGUGUGAUGGUGUCCCCUGUGCUGAACUCUGGCGCUGUCACAGUUGAUGCAUACUUCCCAGCAGGAAACUGGUUCAGCCUCUUCAACUAUUCAAAGUCGGUGAGUGUAGACACUGGGAAGUACAUCAGGCUAGAUGCACCCCGUGAUCACAUAAAUGUGCACAUCCGAGAAGGAAACAUACUGGCCAUGCAGCAAGAAGCUAUGACAACUCGCGCUGCUAGAAAGACACCAUUCGAGCUAUUGGUGAUUAACAGCACUGGAAACAGUUCUGGCGAAGUUUUCUUGGAUGACGGAGAGGAAGUUGAAAUGGGAGGAAAAAGCAGGAUGUGGAGUUUUAUAAAAUUUUCUUUUAACAUAAAGGGAAAAACAGCAAUAAUCAAAUCAGAGGUGGUGAAUGGAGAGUAUGCUCUGAGUCAGAAGUGGAUCAUAAACAAGGUAACUAUACUGGGGCUGAAGAAAAGGGUUAAUAGCUUGUAUAACAACGAGUUCUAUAGCGGCAUUACCAGAAAAAGGCUGCUCAGAAACACAACAAGAAGACAGAUUGCAGAUGACACUAAUGGAUUUGUUACAAUGGAGAUCUCAAAUCUAUCACUACUCAUUGGGAAAGAGUUCAAGUUGGAGGUUACACUUUGACCAAUACUUAUUCACUUAACACUUGUAACGCAAUUCUACUCAAAUAAACUUUGAAUAAGAAUAUUGCAUCAGAAAUCAUGUUGAAACUC